AUGAAGUUGCUACUACACAUCAAAGAGCAACGUGACACGACCCACAAAGCUUUGUUACAUACAACAAAACCUUUCAUGCCACCACAAGAAUCCAUCACGCCACAUCCAGCAAAAUCGUCACAUACAAACCAUGAGCGCAACAAUUACGCAGUAAGUUACUUGUGUACCUCCUUGAAAUUUCAUCCAAGCCACGAGCCAAGCUACGCAGCUUCACAAAGCCACUAUCCAGAAAUCAAUACCAUGCCAUUCCCAGCCAAUUCACAAGCCUCACGCAUCAGCUCACACCAUUCUGCAACAUGA